AUGCCUGUAAAUCAAAUAGAGGAUGACCAAUUUAAAAGAAGUGCUGGUUCAGAUAUCAAUCUUGAAAUUCUUAAAAGCGACCAUUCAGCUUUGAACGAGUCUUGUUGUUUUGAAAAGCCAUGGUACACGUACCGACAUUUACAAGUAUUGACAUGGCAUAUUUUCGUUAUAACCUUGGCUUCCACCAAUUAUGGUUAUGAUGGUAGUAUGCUCAAUGGUUUACAGGUCUUUUCCAAAUGGAAUGAAACGAUGUCCUAUCCAACUGGUUCAAUCUUAGGUGCUUUAUCUAAUGGUACGGUGUUUGGGACAAUCUUAUCAUUCUUCGGUGCGGCAUGGUUUGCAGACAGAAUUGGUAGGAAGUACUGUAUCAUAAUUGGGUCAGUUAUUACAGUUAUCGGAUCUAUUUUACAAGGUGUUUCUACCAAUUAUGGAUUUUUCAUGGCAACAAGAUUGAUAAUUGGAUUUGGAACCGGUUUUUCUUCGGUUUCUGCUCCAACACUCAUUGCAGAAUUAGCUUUUCCUGACAUGCAUCCUGAAUCAGAAGAAGGAGAAGCUAGCCUGGCUAAAAAAUAUAAGCUAAAAUCCUAUCGAUCAGACUGUACUUCAGCCUAUGGUGUAUUCUGGUACCUCGGCGCUACGGUUGCUGCAUGGGUUACAUAUGGUACGAGAGUGAUAGAUAACGAUUAUUGUUGGAAAAUUCCAUCAUAUCUACAAGGGUUUUUUCCCUUACUCCAAGCUAUUCUAAUGUGGUGGGUCCCAGAGUCGCCCAGAUAUUUAGUUUCCAAGGGAAGGAUAAAGCAGGCCGAACGCAUAUUACGAAGAUAUCACACUGGUAAUUCUUUCGAUGAGAAAGCGAAUAGAUUAGUCGAAUAUGAAAUUAAGGAAAUUCAAGCCGCUUUAAAGUUGGAUGAAAUUGCUUCAAAGUCCAAAUACAGCGACUUCAUAACAAUUCCUUCAUUCAGAAGAAGAGGUUUUAUCAUUGUAUUUCUUGCGGCAAUGUUGAAUUUGUCCGGAAAUGGUUUAGUCUCUUAUUACUUGAAUAAGGUUUUAGAUUCAAUAGGUAUAACUGGAGAAAAACGUCAAUUAGAAAUCAACGGUGCAUUGAUGAUUUAUAACUUAGUUACAGCUGCAGUUGCAGCUCUAUAUGUUGGAAAGUUUAAAAGAAGGUCAGUUUUCUUAUUUUCAGUUGCGCUUAUGUUGAUAUUUUAUGUCAUUUGGACUGUUUUAUCUGCCAUCAACCAAAAGAGGAAUUUUGAACAAAAAUCUCUUGGGAAUGGAGUCCUUGGUAUGAUUUUCUUAUAUUAUGCUGCCUACAAUAUUGGUCUCAAUGGUUUGCCUUACUUAUAUACCACCGAGUUUUUACCUUAUUCGCAUAGAGCAAAAGGACAAAAUCUUUUUCAAGUUGCCAUGAAUAUAAUCAUUAUUUACAACGGAUUUGUCAAUCCAGUGGCGAUGGAUUCAAUUGACUGGAAAUAUUACAUUGUUUAUUGCUGCACACUUGCCGUUGAACUAGUUGUUGUUUACUUUGUGUUUAUUGAAACAUAUGGAAAUACAUUAGAAGAGGCAUCGGACUCAAUUUAUGAUAAUUUGCAAUUAAAGUCUUCACGUUCUAAAACAAAUCACUCUGAAAGUUUUGAUAAAAUUGACGUUUCACAGGAACACUUGACCAUAAGACCAAAAACAUGA